CCCAUGCAAUGUACUGCCAAACUAUGACAGUUUAACCACCAGUCCUCUCAACCUAAGCCAGUCAUCCUUACAAAUCUUACAUAGGAUUCCUAGGCCAAAACGCCACCCGAGCUCGAGUUCAAGGUAACAAAUGAAGCCUGGACAGUCGUGUAGAGAAUGGCGCUUAUCCUGGGGACAGGCGUGGGCGUUUUUGUAACCGGGAUACUGACCAGGAUAGUGACAGGAGAAACUACAGUCUCUGUUGUCGUCUGUGUCAUUGGCGUAUUUGUCUUCUCACGGGUUCUUGUAACGGUGACUGUCGAGGGCGGUAGGGUGGAGUUGCUGGUGCUGCUUAUGGGGCUACUUGUUGGGCUUAUAGUGACGUUCGCGAAAAUGGUUGCUGUGACGGUCGUCACGCUACCUGGGAGAGGAGUCACAUUCGGGUAGGGCGGGGAGUUGUCGAUUAUUUGCCCAAUGAACUCGAAGCAGCCUAUAGUAUA